ACCACGACGAUCACAGGCUCCGAGUUGGGUUUACGACAGCUAACGACCACUCGAUUCUUGUUUCUCUCUUGAGUCUUAACCGCGAGCUUCCGCAUCUCUCAUCUCUCCCGAAAGACGAACAGGAUGUACCAAUCACAGCAGGGUCCUUCCAGUCCCAUGCUCCCGCCUCCGUCGCGUACUCCCGAACCGCCCCAGCCUAGUCAAGACCCAGAUUAUGUCUACUUCGAGCGUACAACGACGGGCUUCACAUCGGACGCCAUCGCUCGCGCCACAGCCGCGAAGCUCAAACUGGCUACUUACUAUAAGGUUGCCGUGGAGGCUGCCAUCGCUCGCAACGCCCGGCGGAUUGAGCUUGAGACGCGGUUAAUACAGAUCCCUACGCCAGAUGGAAAGGAACGCGAGAUUCGAAAGUACACCAAGCUCGAGUGUUCCCAUUUGCGUCUGAGAAGGACGAAGAUCACGCUGGCCGACUUCCGCACCAUCAAGGUUAUUGGCAAGGGCGCGUUUGGAGAGGUCCGGCUCGUCCAGAAGCAGGAUACGGGCAAGGUCUAUGCGAUGAAGAGUUUGAACAAGGCGGAAAUGUUGAAACGCGAUCAACUAGCUCACGUCCGCGCGGAACGUGACGUGCUGGCAGAAAGCAAUUCUCCUUGGGUUGUACAGCUUUUCUAUUCGUUCCAGGAUCCCUUCUACUUGUUUCUUGUCAUGGAAUUCCUUCCUGGAGGCGAUUUGAUGACGAUGCUCAUGAAAUACGACGUGUUCUCUGAGGAUGUCACGCGCUUCUACAUGGCCGAGUGUAUCCUCGCGAUCGAAGCAGUCCAUGCGCUUGGCUAUAUUCACCGCGAUAUCAAGCCCGAUAACGUGCUGAUUGACAAGAACGGACAUCUCAAACUGUCUGAUUUUGGUCUCUCCACUGGCCUGCACAAAGCCGCGGAUGGGGACGUAUACAAGCGAUAUCUCGAGCAAGAGAAGACUGUCAACCCGGCCCGUAACAGUGUGCAGGUAAAUCCAAUCAACUUGACGAUGAGCAGAGAGCAAAUCGCCACUUGGAAAGCCAACCGUCGGAAACUGGCUUACUCGACUGUUGGUACUCCAGACUACAUUGCCCCCGAAGUUUUUAUGAUGAAGGGGUAUGGCAAGGAGUGCGACUGGUGGUCUCUUGGUGCGAUCUUCUUCGAGUGUCUGGUUGGAUAUGCGCCUUUCUGCUCCGAGAACCCUGGAGACACGUACAAGAAGAUCAUCGAUUGGCCCAAUUACCUGUUCUUCCCGGAGGAAGUGUACAUCUCCCCAGAGGGAGAGGAUCUUCUGCGGCAUAUGAUGACCUGGGCUGAUCAACGUCUGACCGUCAACCAAAUCAAGUCCCAUCCGUUCUUUUACGGUGCAGAUUGGAACACGCUCCGACAAAUUGAGCCACCAUUCGUGCCUCAUCUGCAGUCCAGCACAGACACCUCAUACUUCCCGACAGACGACUUUGGAAAUGUGCCCGAAGCAAUGGACAAGGUGGAGGGUGUCACACCGGAGAAGGACAUUGCCUUCUUGAACUUCACUUUCAGACGUCUGGAUGGACCGCAAGGGCGGUGAUUUUGUCUUGGUUUCUUUAUCACUCGUACUACACAAUGGAGUUCUCAUCAAAUGCAUAAUGUUCCGCAUCCGUAGUCCCUACAACUGGCAAUUCGCUCGAGUACUUGAGCAUUGAAUUUGGAUCAAGUUACCUUCAGAUCUGUUCCGCGGUGCUCCGUAAAGCUUAACCAUCUCUCAAACGCUUGCGGUUGCCGGGCAGAUGGGCCGCGGAUGCCGGAUUUGUCCGGGCCGCCACAUUGUCUCGUGGACACUGAUCAGUCUGCUUUCACGGGUCUCGAGUCUGCUGAAGGAUCAUCUAUAUGUAGUGCGUGCGUUGCCACUUCCAGCGUUUUCACACCCUUUUUGCAUCAUGUCCUCCGAGGUUGGCAACGCAGCGAUCUACAGCCCUCUUAAGGUGUUGCAGCACCCCACGUUCAGGGUCCUUGCACCGGGUGAAAAGCCGGACGCGUCUGCCAACAUCGCGGCAUUCUACAAUCCUGCCCAUGAAAUCCAUCUUGUCGAGAAACCUCGUCCCAAACCUGGUCCCGGACAGGUUCUCCUGCAUGUCAGGGCGACCGGGAUCUGUGGGAGCGACGUGCACUUCUGGAAACACGGCGCCAUCGGUCCCAUGAUUGUCACUGACGAGUGUGGAUCCGGACACGAAUCGGCGGGUGAAGUCAUCGAGAUCGGCGAGGGUGUGACCCAGUGGAAAGUCGGUGAGACCCGAUCUAGUCUUCAGGAAUAUCUCCUUCUCAUGAUUGGGAUGAAUCGCAGGCGACAGAGUCGCCAUCGAAGCGGGUGUUCCUUGCUCGCAGCCAUCCUGUGAUGCCUGUCGCACUGGCCGGUACAAUGCAUGCCCCGAUGUCGUCUUCUUCUCCACUCCUCCGUUCCAUGGUACGAUAUGUCUCAGCCUACUCCGAUCGGGGAUGAAGGAUUGUUCCAGGAACCUUGACGCGGUGGCAUCUCCACCCGGCCCAGUGGCUGCACAAGCUGCCUGACAACGUCAGUUUCGAAGAAGGCUCGCUUUGCGAGCCUUUGGCCGUCGCUCUGGCCGGCAUCGAACGUGCAGAACUUCGUCUCGGCGACCCGGUUCUCAUUUGGUCGGUCUCAUUGUUGACUCGUAUCCUCUUGUGCCAAUGAACUCUGCAGUGGAGCGGGUCCCAUCGGUCUGGUUUCCUUGCUUUCUGCUCGUGCUGCCGGCGCUGAGCCUAUUGUCAUCACCGACCUGUUCCAGAGCCGACUUGAUUUCGCGAAGAAGCUAAUUCCGGGAGUGCGCACUGUUCUCAUUCAACGUGGAUCGACGCCGAAAGAACAAGCUGCCGACAUCAAAGCAGCUGCCGAUGGUCCAGUCAAGUUGGCGUUGGAGUGUACUGGUGUCGAGAGCAGUGUGCACACAGCAGUCUACUCGAUGAAAUUCGGUGGAAAGGUGUUCAUCAUCGGUGUUGGCAAGAACGAGCAGCUGUUCCCAUUCAUGCAUUUAAGCGCCAACGAGAUUGACAUCAGCUUUCAAUAUCGUUACGCGAAUCAGUAUCCCAAAGCAAUCAGACUGAUCUCCGGCGGCCUCAUCGACGUAAAACCCCUCGUCACUCAUCGCUUCCCAUUGGAAGAAGCGGUCUCCGCGUUCCACGUCGCUGCGGAUCCGGCUCAAGGCGCCAUCAAAGUCCAGAUCCAAGACUGAGAGGCGGAAGGGCAUCCUAUCCAAUCUAAAUCCUUCGCUUUGAUACCUUAUUCCAAACCAAGUCGUUGUCGUUCCUGUUUGUAUUUCUCUAGCUGGUGUACCCUCAAUUCUGUGUCAAGGACCGCAUCAUCCCAUGCCACAAAAAGUUCAGAAAGUGCAUCGACCU